AGUAAAGUAUGUAGAAUUAUAAAUAAGUAAGUAGUUAAUAAUAAUAUUUUUAAAUGGAUUCCGUAUCAAUGUACGACGACAACGAAUGUGGAGAUCAAUGUUUCACCGAGAAUACAGAGGAUUUAGAUUAUGAUUUUGUAUAUGAUCAAGAGACACCUCUUGAGCUCUAUCACUAUUGCAUUUUCCCCACUGUAAAAGACACAAUUUGGUAUUUGGUCCCACUUAUUGUUGCGUCGCUUAUCUGUAAUGUAGCUGCUAGAAUUAGUCAAUUGCCACAUAAUGUAUUUCAUUGCGUAAUGGCUUUCACAGGAAUUUUUACAAUCUGGAAUUAUGCAUAUGAGUGCUUUUAUUUAUUAUUAUUAUUUAUUUUGUUUUCUUAUAUUUUCUUGUAUUUACCUAUGAAAUUUCGUAGAGGAACGAAAGUAUUUAUCCCAAGUCUUUUAUUCAUUUUGUAUUGUGAAUUUUUUAUGAAUCCAAAAGAAUGGCAUAAAAUUCGAGGAGUUGUUAUGAUUGCUACAAUGAAAGCUAGCAGCGUCGCUGUGGAUAAGGCAGAAUUAAGUAGUCAUAUUAAUUUUUACGAAUAUGUUGGUUACAUGUUAUGUAGUGUAACUGCAUUAUUUGGUCCAUGGACAUCUUUUGAGAAUUAUAGAAAUUUGUAUAAAAAGACCACUUGGAAGUUUUGGUGGAUUUUCAUAGUAAUUGGCUACAUGGCCAUAGCAUUUUUCUGUUUAUGCAUAUCAAAUUGUUGGACAAACUGGAUCUUGAGCAAUUCAGCUGGAAAAUGGAUGUUAGCUUUUAGAGACGCUUUGGGAUUUAGAACUUCUCAUUAUUUUAUAUGUUUCACAGCAUCUUCGAUAAUGUUAAUGGGAGGAUACCCACUUUCUCAGACAUUAAUAACUAAACCCUUAGAAAUUGAAGUGCCUCGAUCGCUCGUGCAAGUCGUCAUAAGUUGGAAUAUACCGAUGCAUAACUGGCUCAAAUCAUAUGUAUUCCGUCCUGGAUGUAAGCAGCUUGGAAAAUUUGGAGCAAUAAUAAUGACUUAUUUAGCAAGUUCUUUACUUCAUGGAUUAAAUUUUCAACUCGCCGCUGUUCUUCUUAGCUUGGGUUUUUAUACUUACAUUGAGUAUCAGCUGAGAAAUCUGCUAGCCAACGUUUUUCAUGCUUGUAUAGCUUCAAAACAGUGUUCAUUGUAUAAAUGUGAACAUUUAAGGAAUUCCAUAAACUGCUACUGGGUCACUUUAGUAAAUGGCUUAUUUGGUAUUUUAGCAAUGUUUCAUUUGGCUUAUUUAGGCCUUAUGUUUGACACAUCAGAUAUUCAAGAAACUGGUUACAGUUACAGCCAUACUAUCGAUAAGUGGUCACAACUUGGAUUCGCAAGUCAUUGGGUUGCUUUUGCCACUUAUUGUGGAUAUUAUUUAAUAAGAUGACAUUAAAUUUGUUAAUUUUUAUACAAACAUAUUAAA